AUGCCUACAGCACUGCAUGUAAAUGAAUUACAUACUGUCCCUCUCACAGGUGGAUUUGCCGAGUUCUCCAGUUCUUUCCCCGGUCUCUGUGAAGGAAAAUCCACACUCGUCCCUACUUGCAUUUCUCAGCCCUGCCUACCUGUCUCCAACAUUGGUCCAACCAGAAUCCUGCCUCAUCUCUAUCUUGGGUGUCAACGGGAUGUCCUCAACAAGGAGCUGAUGCAGCAGAAUGAUAUUGGCUACGUACUGAACGCCAGCAAUACUUGUCCAAAGCCCGAUUUUAUUCCAGAAUCCCAUUUCCUGAGAGUGCCUGUGAACGACAGCUUUUGUGAGAAAAUUUUGCCUUGGUUGGAUAAAUCAGUUGAUUUUAUAGAAAAAGCAAAAGCAUCAAAUGGCCAUGUGUUAGUGCACUGUUUAGCUGGAAUAUCUCGCUCUGCCACAAUCGCUAUUGCAUAUAUCAUGAAGAGAAUGGAUAUGUCCUUAGACGAAGCUUACAGAUUUGUGAAAGAAAAAAGGCCAACCAUUUCUCCCAACUUCAACUUUCUGGGCCAGCUUUUGGAUUUUGAGAAAAAGAUCAAGAACCAGAGCGGUCAGCCUGGACAUAUUAGUAAGCUGAAACUUCUGCAUUUGGAAAAAAGCAGCGAGCACGUGCUGGUCCCGGAAGGUGGGCAGAGCAGCCUCUCCGCUAACCAGCUCUGCAUCACAGCUACCUCCGAGAUGGUGGAACAGAAGCCGAUGGAGUACGGCAGCACACCACGUGGGCACUUGUCCCCUCUAGAAGACAGCCCGCUGGUACAGGGCAUGAACGGACUGCAUGUCUCCCUGGAUAAGGUGGAGGACAGCAACCGGCUGAAGCGCUCCUUUUCUUUGGAUAUCAAAUCUGUAUCCUACGCAGCAAGUAGCAACUGCGUGACUGCAUCGGUUCAGGGCUUUACCUCCUCUGAAGACACCCUGGAAUACUACAAACACACGACUGCUUUAGAGGGCAGCAGCAAGUUGUGUCAGUUCUCCCCUGUCCAGGAGGUCUCAGAGCAGACCCCAGAAACCAGCCCUGACAAGGAGGAAGCGAACCCUCCCAACAAACCCCAGAACACCCGGCAGCUGGAUGGCCAGAGCAAACGGCAACACCUGGGGAGAGCCAGUGGCAGUGCCACCACUCAGCGGUCACUCCUGUACCCCCUCCACCGGAGCGGGAGCAUGGAAGACAACUACCGAACGAACUUCUUGUUUGGUCUUUCCACCAGCCAGCAGCAUUUGGCAAAGUCUGCUGCUGGGCUGGGCCUCAAAGGCUGGCACUCGGACAUCUUGGCUCCUCAGACAUCGGCUACGUCCCUUACCAACAGCUGGUAUUUUGCAACCGAGUCCUCGCAUUUCUACUCUGCCUCUGCCAUCUAUGGGAACAGCGCUGCUUACUCCGCCUACAGCUGUAGUCAGCUGCCCACGGGCUGUGACCAGGCCUGUGCUGUGCGCAGGAGGCCAAAGCAGGGUGAUCGAGGUGACUCCAGGCGGAGUUGGCACGAGGAAAGCUCUUUUGAAAAGCAGUUCAAGCGCAGAAGCUGCCAGAUGGAGUUUGGGGAGAGCAUCAUGUCAGACAACAGAUCCAGAGAAGAACUGGGGAAAGUAGGCAGUCAGUCGAGUUUUUCAGGCAGCAUGGAAAUCAUUGAAGUGUCUUGA